AUGGGUUCAGAUGAUGAUGAUAAUAGAGGAUUUGGUGUCAGCCGCAAGUUGAUAGUCGCGGCAAUAGCCUCUUUACUCGGAGUUGUGAUUAUCAUAAUCUUGCUCCAUCUCUACACAAGGUAUCUUCUGAGACGCCAAGAGAGGAGACGGCGAGCUGCCCUUAAUCUCCCGAGGACUCGAAUUGCAGCGUUUUAUGAAACUUCCAUCAUGAAUCCACCAAAGUCAGGGCUCGACCCUUUGGUUCUUGCGACUUUGCCGAUGUUCACGUACAAGCUAACCACCAGUCAGGUUGAUGACCAUGACGAGUCCAUGGAGUGUUCUGUUUGUUUGGGAACCAUCACGGAAGAGUCCACAGUCAGGCUUUUACCAAAUUGUAAGCACAUGUUUCAUGUGGAGUGUAUAGAUACGUGGUUGGGAUCACAUACAACGUGCCCCAUAUGUCGCACGGAGGCUGAACCGACGGUCCAGGCGGCAGAGGAUAAAGAGUUGUGCAGCAGGGUUCAACCCACGGCUCCUACUUUAAUGGAAAGCGCGUCCAUUGGUGCUGCCCAAGAGGGAAAGGAAGGUGGAGCAUCAGGGUCAGGGUCAGGGUCAAGGUCAAGAUUUGGUUCCUUUAGAAGGAUGCUUGGUGGGGAGAGAUCGUCAACAAGGUUUCAAAGUUGUAGGGAUGAAAUAAUUGGCACUCAAGAUUUAGAGAGACAGUGA